AUGACCAGCUCGAACGAGCCUGGUUCAACCGCAGCAUCAUCUCCCACUCAGCAAACUCAAGUCCAGCCACUCGCUGCACUGAGCGAUAUUGUUGGGGCUGGAUCAAGUUUGGCAAUACUCGAUCCAGUACAAACAUCACUCGAACACAACCCAGACAUCUUCACCAUCAUCUGCUGCAACGACGGUUUCCGGCUUGCCCUCGAUCACAGUGUUAUCAAGACCCUCCUUCGAGUGUGCAGGCGCGCUCGUCCUCUCCUGAGCUCCAAGGUGCCUCGCUUCCAAACUUGGUGCCAGAAGGCAGGGCUGUGCCAUUUCGAGGGACAGAUGCGGAUCGGCCUCACACCAAGCGAUCAGAUUGCACUCUCCUUGCACUGCAAGGAUCCAGGCUCAGCCGACCGAUCCUGGCUCGUUGCCUUGGCAGAGCAGAGAAACCCCUCCGCCUCGUAUCUCUUGGCAAGGAUCCUCCGAACCGACAUCGACAACCAGAAGUUUGCGAUGUGGAUUGAGAAGGAAGCCAUCCACAAGCAAAUCUUCCGCCAUCUGGAGAAAGCCGCCAACGCAAAUCAUCCAAUGGCUCAGUUCCACCUGGCGGAAUACUAUCGCCAAGGCCUUGGGGUCGACAAAGACCGCAGCAGGGCUGUCGAGAUAUAUCGCAGUCUUGCAAAAUGCGGAAUGUCCCAAGCACAUGUCGCCCUCGGCGAUUGCUAUGAGGUUGGCGAAGGUGUCGAUCAAGACUAUCACACUGCCCUCGAAUGGUAUAUCGAGGCCGUCGACCACGGCAGCGAAGACGGUCGACUCCACAUCAUGUUCCUCCGUGGAUGGUUUUCGUUCAUCGGCCAUGGUGCCGAACAGAGUGACGCCGAUGCCUUCAAUCACUGGCAGGAAGUCCGCAGCAAGUCCGUCGAUCCAGUCCUCAAGUCGAUCGCCACUCACAUGGUUGGGUGGAUGCACUACCUCGGCCGAGGCACCAUACGCGACAAAUACAAAGGCAUCGACAUCAUCCGGAGUAACGAGUCGGAAGAUUUCCCACUCGGUGAAGCCGGAUCUCUAGCAGCGUAUCCGAGUCAUGUCACCUCAUCCUCACCGACAGCCCGCAAAUUCUUCCAGCUGUGCCAGUUUGGUUCUGAUCGAGACUGGUUGUGCAAGCAUCUGAUGGCCGUGUGUCAAUUUCAAAGGCUCGGAACCACGAUGGACCGAAAGUCAGCAGCGGCCAUCUUUGAGCAACUCGCCAACGACGGUCAUAGUGACAGUCAGUACUGGAUCGGAAUGUGUUACUUGGCUGGCGACGGAGUAUCGGGGGACAGUAAGAAGGCACUCGAAUGGUUCAGCAAGUCGGCGAACCAAGGCAAUUCGUAUGGACAAUGGAAGCUUGGAGUGUGCUACUACUAUGGAAGCGGAGUCGCCAAGAACUUCACAAAAGCAGUCGAGUGGUUCCGCAAGUCGGCCGAGCAGGGCAAUCGAUGCGGACAAAACAGCCUCGGUUGGUGCUACGAAGAAGGCAAUGGUGUCCUUCAAGACAUCGACACCGCCAUCGAGUGGUAUCGCAAGUCCGCCGACCAAGAAAAUGAAGAUGCUAUCGAGGUUCUCAACAACUUCUUUGAACAACAUAUGUUUGACUGA